CCGCGCUUUGCUUCCCAAAGGCUUCUGGGAAGGGCGGCGGACACGGGCCGGGAAGGACUACAGAUCCCAGCCAGCAGCGCGCCACGCAAGGGCAAGAGGAGGAGCUCGGAGCGGUCCGGCCCGGCGGCACCAGGCAGGCAGCCAUGGGGAAGCGUUACUUCUGUGACUACUGCGACCGCUCCUUCCAGGACAACCUCCACAACCGAAAGAAGCACUUGAACGGGCUGCAGCACCUCAAGGCCAAGAAGGUCUGGUACGACAUGUUUCGAGAUGCAGCUGCCAUCUUGCUGGACGAGCAGAACAAGAGGCCAUGCAGGAAGUUCCUGCUGACGGGCCAGUGCGACUUUGGCUCCAACUGCAGAUUCUCCCACAUGUCCGAGCGCGACCUGCAGCAGCUAAGCAUCCAGGUGGAGGAGGAAAGGCGGGCCAGGGAGUGGCCACAGGAGGCCGCUGAGCCCCCGGAGGGCACUCUGGAGGACUGGCUGGAGAAGAGAGCCAAGCGGCUGAGCUCAGCGCCAAGCAGCAGGGCGGAGCCCAUCAGAGCCACCGUCUUCCAGUACCCUGUGGGCUGGCCACCGGUCCAGGAGCUGCCACCGUCCCUGCGGGCACCCCCACCGGGGGGGUGGCCCCUGAAGCCCAGCGUCCAGUGGGGCUAAGCCCCUGGCACCCCCCUGGCUCCCAUCCGUCGAGUCACUCUGAAUGAAGACUCAUCCUGGGGAGCCAGGCCCCCUCCUGCCAGCCCCUCUGCUCCUGGCAGCUCUGCUCUCAGGGAAUAGCUCAAGAAGUGGGGAGCACUGCCUUUGGGGGAGUCCCUUGAGAAAGUCUCCAGAGUGGUCUGGCUGCUCAUGGCCCAGCCCUGUGCCCUGAGGCCCGGGCUCCGCCUCUCCUCAGAGGACGUGGGGGACGGCGAGGAUGAGGGCCUCAGGGGCCGGUGGAGGCCCGGCACGGCUGGGCAAGGGAGUACCCGUGUGUCCGGGGCCAUCCCCUGGGUGAGAGAGGAGCCCGAGGCCUCUGCCUGCCACCCCGGUGGCCCAGCAGAGCAGGGACCCCGCUGGCAUUCCAGCCUGGAGGGCAGAGAGAGGUGAGGGGCCCAGGGGAUGGGUUGGAGGCUUGGGAGAGUAGCCUGGCCGAGCUUCCUGGCACAGUGCCCGAGGAGGGUGGCACGGAGGCCCCUUGCCCAGGAGGAUACCUCCCCCCACCCCACCCCACCCCGGCUGGCAGCAA